AAGGGAUAUUACCGUAAAUUGCUUUGAGGAAAAAAAAGAAAGAGUAGUAUAUAAAACCCAUAAUUACCCAGCGAAUAACAAAUUUAGGGUUUCGCUGCUGUAGCCGCCGCACAUCGGAGCACCGCCGUCAGCCGCCAUGGGUCGUAUGCACAGUCGAGGUAAGGGUAUUUCAGCUUCAGCACUUCCGUAUAAGAGGACUCCACCAAGUUGGUUGAAAACAUCUGCUCCUGAUGUUGAGGAUAAUAUAUGCAAGUUUGCCAAGAAGGGUUUGACACCUUCUCAAAUUGGUGUUAUACUUCGUGAUUCUCAUGGGAUUGCUCAGGUGAAGAGUGUAACUGGUAGCAAGAUUCUCAGAAUUUUGAAGGCUCAUGGACUUGCUCCUGAGAUUCCUGAGGAUCUAUAUCACCUUAUCAAGAAGGCUGUUGCAAUCCGGAAGCAUCUUGAGAGAAACAGGAAAGACAAAGAUUCCAAGUUUAGGUUGAUUCUUGUUGAGAGCAGGAUUCACCGUCUUGCUCGUUACUAUAAGAAAACCAAGAAGCUUCCCCCAGUCUGGAAGUAUGAAUCUACCACCGCCAGUACUCUCGUGGCAUAGAGAAGACUCUGCUUUUGCUGUCAAAUUUUGCCUCCAGAGUUCAGUAUUAAGUCGGAACUGUCAGGAUGUUUAAUUGAGAAAAAAAACUGCUAAGAUAUUGGUGAUGAUUUAGUUCUUUUUUGAGUUGCUAUUUGAUUUCCUUUUCUUUCUUUAGAUGUCAUAUAUUCAAAUCUUGGCUGCUUACCAAUGCGUUAAAAUUGUUACGAAUAUCUGCCGUGUUAGUUAAUGAUGAACUGAAUUACCUUUACUCCAUA